AUGGAUUCAAAAAUCGCUAGUAUUGAGAAGGAUCACAAGAAAUAUGACUCUGCACUUGAGAAAUCGUUCAAGUUGUCACAUGAUGCUUUAACGUUAUUGCAGGAUAUUAAAAAGGACCCACAGUUAGACGAAAGCAAAAUCAAUAAAAUAGAUAGCUUGCACAAAAAACUGGUGUUGGAUAACAUAUCUUUAAUAAGGAAUAAGAAUGAGAUGAAACUAAAAGUUGCGGAUAUAAAUGAACGUCUAGUUUCGGAGAAAAUCGAUAAAAAUGAUAAGCAAUACAAUAAUACAAAAUUGGCCGCUCUUCAAAGAGCAUCGACAACCAAUGACUCGUUAGCAGUGAGAUUAAGCAAUAUCUUCCACGAAAUUCCAGAGCUGUCUGGGCCCCAGCUUGAAUUAUUUCUUAGAGAUGUUAAAGACCCUGAUGAUCAACAACUAUUAAAAAGACUAUUCAAAGGUUCUCCAGCUAAGAGUGAUCUUGCUAAAAAUUCUCCCGAUGAGGUUGUUAUCAGUGAAUCCGAUGUGCAGAAAGGUAAAGAGCUAUUCGAUACCGUGUCAAAGCAAAAGUCUAAGCUCGUUUUGCUAAAUGAAAGAUAUUAUAACAAAAAGAUCAGAGAAUUAGAAAAAUCCAUAAGUUACUGGGAUGAGCAGUAUAAACAGGUUACUGACUUCAUAGGAGGCAGCAUGGUACAGAUAAAGCAUAAAAUAGAUGAAACGCAGAAACGUUUAGAUGCUGAGAGUGGAAGUGUUGGACAAAGUUAUAAUAAGCUUGCCGGGACUAAAUCGCAAGUAAAGGCAGACAGUUCGAAGAAUGAGGAUGUCGAAAUGAAGGAUAUUGGUGAAAAUUCGGGCAAUUAG